GUCGCUACUGUCGCAGGCGUCUUUUGUUUGCAUCCCUGGUACAAAUAAAAAAGCGGCAUUCACAAAAAUCAAGCUGAACCAACAUGUCGUUUAUGAACCCAGUGGACAUGGUAGAUGAAGAUGCAGCUGACUUACAGUUUCCAAAAGCGAAAACUAACAAACACCAGGUCCUGCGCUCCUCGGUCGAGUUUGCCCGUGCUCACGCUGAUAAGAAAACAAAACAUAUAACGGUAUAUUAUAAUGCCCUCGCAUUUCAUAAUAAGCUCGAGGAAAGAGUUGCCAGAAUCGACAAUAAGGCUCGUAGAAAAGAGCACUCAUCUGGGUCUACUCUGUGUGCAAUAUGUCGUUGUAGCCUCGCAGAGCCCUAUAUCAAGUGUGCCGAGUGCCUGGACAUCUUGGUGUGUCUGCAGUGCUUUUCGAAAGGACGCGAGGUCGUGGGUCAUCGUAACAGCCACGCCUACAUUAUAGUACGGGAUGAUGUUCAAGUAUUUGCUACCGAUUCCAGUUGGACAGCUCGAGAUGAACGUAUACUGUUGCAAGCUCUUCACACCCAUGGCUAUGGCAACUGGGAUGAUAUAGCUAAAUCUCUUCAGCGACGCCACUCAGCGGAGGAGAUACGACGACACUAUCAUGAUUGUUAUUUCGGUGGCAUCUUUGAACGGUUGCUGGGUUUGCAGCAUGUGCGAAAUUGUUACAUGCCAGAGCGUAUGCCAUAUGUGUUCAAAAUGCGAUCCCUGGAGCCGCCUCGACAUGAUGACAUUGCAUCGAUUCAGUUUAAAAUCAAUGCAGGAUACCGAUGCGCCCGUGGCGACUUUGAUACGCCUUACGAUUCCUCAGCCGAAGGUCUCUUGUCAGUAAUGGUCGAACAGCAACGUGCAGACGAUGAUGAUGAGCUUGAAACUGGGUCGCCGGAAAGCCAACUGGUCGAGGAACUGCAGUGUGCACUAGUUCGCGCAUACAACAAUCGUCUGAGAGAGCGUCAACGUCGUUACAAAAUUAUGCGUGACCAUGGCCUUAUCAUGCCCAAUCGUACGGUCAGUUGGAUUACAAAGUAUGUUAGCGCUUUUCGUAGCGAUGCCAGCUGCAUGCGCUUUCUUGCCCUCAUGCAAGUUUGCAAACCUUUCAAGUUUGAUCUGCUGGUGGAGUCGCUACGCCAUUACCGCCAGCUACAAAAUCGACUUCAUUGGCUCCACGAUAUCCGGCAACAUGGCGUGCGCACUCUCUACGGUGGCUCGCUUUAUACGCGCCUCCUCAAACAGCGACAGCAGGCUCAGCGAGAAUAUGCACGCCAACGGCAAAACGAUGCCCAUGACUGGCAACAAUUGGUACACCAUUUCGAAAAUAAUCAGAAUGUAGACCACAUGCCUCAAGGCAGUAGUUCCAAAGUGUAUAUGCUGUGUCCGCGUCGUAAGGCGAGUCCAAUGGAAAUUACGGAUCUUCCCGGUUAUUCCAAGUUAAAUGCUGGAGAGCGCACACUUUGUAGCGUAGCGCGUUUGAUACCACAGGCUUAUUUGGAAUAUAAAAAUCAGCUGAUUGCCGAGCAAGCCAAGCUGGGCCAUCUAAGACUGGGCGAUGCACGGCGACUUAUUAAGAUAGAUGUUAACAAAACGCGCCAGAUUUAUGAUUUCUUGGUGGAAAAUGGCCACAUUCGACCUCCUACUUUUGGCUAAACUUAUAGCAUUACACUCACUUGCGUUUCACUUAAUUCGAGAACGCUGAAACACUGCUCAUAUCGGAGGUGCAUAUGUUACUUGAUCAUCGCAAACGUCAAAAC